CAUAACAAGCCCCCUUGGUUUUCCUUCCCUCUUGGAACUUCUACACCUUCUCUCCUCCAAGGAAAUUCUAUCUUUAUUAUUAUUAUUAUUAUUAUUAUUUUCUCUUUUUUAUAUUUUAGAGUUCUGAAGUAUUCUUGAGGACUCUGACACUCUGAGGUCUGUCGGUUCAGUAUUCAGUGUUCCACUUGGGCUAUAACUCAGCAGCAAAAUCUGUUCCUUGCUUUGGUAUUUGUUUAGAACUUAUUUCACUAUCUGUUUGUUGCACUUCUUCUGUGUUAGCAAGUGAAUUAUUAUGCAAGUGGCUAGUGAGAAUUAGUGCAUGAUUUAGAUGAUAAGAAACUGAAAGCCAUGAAGUUCAUGAAACUAGGAUCUCGUCCUGAUACAUUCUACACUGCAGAAGCAGUAAGGUCAGUCUCUUCUGAAGUUUCCAGUGAUCUCAUAAUUCAAGUUAAGGGAAGCAGAUAUCUUCUUCACAAGUUUCCCUUGCUGUCCAAAUGUUUGAGGCUACAAAAGCUAUGUUCAGAACCUCCUGAUUCGUCUUCUCAGCACCAAAUAAUCCAACUCCCUGAUUUCCCUGGUGGGAUGGAGGCAUUUGAGUUGUGUGCUAAGUUCUGCUAUGGAAUAACCAUCACUCUCAGCCCUUACAACAUUGUGGCGGCACGAUGUGGCGCCGAGUAUCUUCAGAUGACUGAGGAGGUUGAGAAGGGGAACUUAAUUCAGAAGCUUGAGGUUUUCUUCAACUCAUGCAUUCUACGUGGCUGGAAGGACUCUAUUGUGAGUCUUCAGUCCACAAAGGCGUUGCCUAUGUGGUCUGAGGACUUAGGAAUUACAAGCAGAUGCAUUGAAGCUGUUGCUGCAAAAGUUCUAAGUCACCCUUCUAAGGUGAGUUUGUCACAUAGCCAUUCACGAAGAGUGAGGGAUGAUGUGUCUUGCAAUGGCAACCAAAGUGUGAGGCAUAACAAGUCAGGAAACAAAGGAUGGUGGGCUGAAGAUUUGGCAGAACUUAGCAUAGACUUGUAUUGGAGAACCAUGAUAGCUAUCAAAUCUGGUGGCAAGAUUCCCUCAAAUCUUAUUGGAGAUGCAUUGAAAAUCUAUGCAUCUAGGUGGCUACCAAAUAUUACCAAGAAUGGAGGACAUAUCAAGAAGCAAGCUGUUGCUGACUCAGAAUCUGAUAACUUGGUUGGUGAAAUAGCUUCAAAGCAUCGUUUGCUUUUGGAAUCAGUGGUGAGCUUGCUUCCUGCUGAGAAAGGUGCUGUUUCGUGUGGCUUUCUCUUGAAGCUCUUAAAGGCAUCCAAUAUUCUUAAUGCUUCUUCAUCUUCAAAGAUGGAAUUGGCAAAAAGGGUAGGGCUUCAAUUGGAGGAAGCCACAGUGAAUGAUCUUUUGAUACCCUCACUGUCUUACACAAACGAUUCAGUGUAUGAUGUUGAGUUGGUGAGGACCAUAUUGGAGCAGUUUGUGUCACAAGGGCAGAGUCCACCAACUAGUCCUGCAAGAUCUAGGUUGGCCUUUGAAAGAAGAAGGUCUCGUUCAGCUGAGAAUAUUAACUUGGAGUUUCAAGAGAGUAGGAGGUCCUCUUCAGCAUCUCACAGUUCAAAACUGAAAGUGGCAAAGCUUGUGGAUAGGUAUCUUCAAGAAGUUGCCAGGGAUGUGAAUUUUCAGUUGUCGAAAUUCAUUGCUCUUGCUGAGAUUAUACCAGAUUUUGCAAGACAUGAUCAUGAUGAUCUCUACAGGGCUGUUGACAUUUAUCUCAAGGCUCAUCCAGAACUCAACAAGAGUGAAAGGAAAAGAUUGUGCCGGAUUCUUGACUGCAAAAAACUGUCUAUGGAAGCAUGCAUGCAUGCAGCACAAAAUGAGCUUCUUCCCCUCAGGGUUGUUGUUCAAGUUCUCUUCUUUGAGCAAGCUAGAGCAGCACAGGCUGGUGGCAAAGUGACUGAUUUACCAACCAAUAUCAAGGCAUUACUCACAGCACAUGGUAUUGACCCAUCAAAACCAACAGCACCAUUAAGCACUACUACAAGUAUAAAUGCUGAGGAAAAUUGGAGUGUUUCAAACUUCAAAUCACCAAAGUCAAAGUCUUCAACACUGAGGAUGAAGCUAGCUGAAGAUGAGGACUUCAAUCAAAAUGGUUUGGCCCAUGACGGAAUUGGAAGGAAUUCUAGAUUUAAGGCCAUAUGUGCUAUUCCAACCCAACCAAAAAAAAUGCUUACUAAGUUCUGGUCUACUACCAAUAGAACUGCUGCUACAACUGAAAAGAAUUGAGUGAAAUAUCGUAUGUUUACUUUUCAAAUUGGUAAGAAAUGGUAAUUUAGCGGGUAACAUAUACUCCUUUUUUUUUCUGCAAAACGCCUUGUAACUUCUAGGAAAUUCCAAGAAUCUUAAUGUGCAUUGUUGAUGUAACCUAUAAUAAUAAGAAAAGAUUUUCCCCAGCACGAGGGGAAAUCCUCUUUGGUAAUUCUCAUGUCAAAAGCUGCAGUAGGAAUCUUAGGUGUCAGUGACAAAUCGUGGGGCCAAUGGUGAUGUGUUUGUCUACAAAUCUGCAACACUUGUCUCUUGUCAUUUGCUGUAGCUCCUUGGGUCCUGACAUUGUUGACAAAUUCUUUCGUGUUUUCAUGUGCCUGAUUAUGUUUGUCUUAUUUUAUCUGUAUCCACA